AUGGCCAAAUCCUUCCGCGACCUCGCCGGCAUCCCGCCCACGGUGGCGACACCCAGCGACUCGAUCCUAAUCAUCAUCGACGCGCAAAACGAGUACGCAUCCGGCGCGCUGGCCGUGCGCGACGUCGAGCGCUCGCGGGCCGCCAUCGCCUCGCUGCUGCAGCGCUACCGCAGCGCGUCGAACGGCCACAUCGCGCACGUUGUGCACGUCGUGCCUGACGGCACGCCCGUCUUCACGCCGGGCACGGCGCUGGCCGAGGAGUUUGCGGAACUCGCGCCGCGCAGCACGGCCGAGAGCGGCGGCCGCGAGGUCGUCAUCUCGAAAAAGUUCCCGGGCGCCUUCGCCGAGACGGGGCUGGGCGAUUUUGUCAAGAGCACCGGCAAGACCAAGGUCGUGCUGGUCGGGUACAUGGCGCAUGUGUGCGUGAGCACGACGGCGCGCGAGGCGGACCAGCGCGGGUUGCAGGUCGUCGUCGUCGAGGAUGCCGUCGGAGAUAGGGACAUCCCCGGCGGGAGCGGGCAGGAGGUUACCAAGUGGGUCCUCGCUGAGCUGGGAGAUGCUUUCGGCACGAUCGUGAAGAGUGCCGAUAUCAAAUGA